AUCUUAGCCAGCCUGAUGACUCUCUCUCUGUUUCCUCUUAGAGCUCAUCUUGUUGACCUCCAGAAAAAACUGGAAGAACUGGAGCUGGAUGAGCAGCAGAAGAAGCGAUUGGAAGCUUUUCUCACACAGAAGGCCAAAGUUGGAGAACUAAAAGACGAUGAUUUCGAGAGGAUUUCAGAACUGGGAGCUGGUAAUGGUGGGGUGGUCACCAAAGUACAACAUAAACCCUCAGGGCUAAUUAUGGCACGGAAGCUGAUUCACUUGGAGAUCAAACCCGCCAUACGAAACCAGAUCAUCCGGGAGCUCCAAGUGCUUCACGAGUGCAACUCUCCAUACAUUGUUGGUUUUUAUGGCGCCUUCUACAGUGAUGGGGAGAUCAGCAUUUGCAUGGAGCAUAUGGAUGGAGGUUCUUUGGAUCAGGUUUUGAAAGAAGCUAAGAGGAUUCCUGAAGAAAUCUUGGGCAAAGUCAGUAUAGCAGUUCUGCGAGGAUUGGCUUAUUUACGAGAGAAGCACCAAAUCAUGCACAGAGAUGUGAAGCCUUCUAACAUCUUGGUGAAUUCACGGGGAGAGAUUAAGCUGUGCGAUUUUGGAGUCAGCGGGCAGCUCAUCGACUCCAUGGCGAAUUCCUUUGUGGGCACCCGAUCCUAUAUGUCUCCUGAACGUUUACAAGGCACUCAUUAUUCAGUUCAGUCGGACAUCUGGAGUAUGGGCCUCUCCCUGGUGGAGCUAUCAAUUGGAAGGUAUCCCAUUCCCCCGCCAGAUGGCAAGGAACUGGAAGUGAUAUUUGGUCGUCCCAUGGUCGAUGGGGCUGAAGGGGAACCCCACAGCAUCUCUCCGCGGCCCAGGCCCCCAGGACGUCCUGUGAGCGGUCAUGGGAUGGACAGUCGACCUGCCAUGGCCAUUUUUGAAUUGCUUGACUACAUUGUGAAUGAGCCACCUCCAAAACUGCCGAAUGGGGUUUUCACCCAAGAAUUCCAGGAGUUUGUAAAUAAAUGCUUAAUUAAGAACCCUGCUGAACGGGCAGAUCUAAAGAUGCUGAUGAAUCACACCUUCAUCAAGCGUGCCGAGGUGGAAGAGGUGGAUUUUGCUGGCUGGCUAUGCAAGACGCUGCGGUUGAACCAGCCCAGCACUCCCACCCGCACGGCCAUGUGACCGCCAAGCCAACUGCCUCGUUCUUUUUUCCCUCUUUUGUGCACCUGCUUGUCUGCUGCUGUUUGCUGCCCUCCAGCAGAAGAAAGAACCACCUUUCUCGCCUUGCCCCUCCUCCCCCUCUCUUUGCUCCGGAACAGCAAAGCGGGAUGGUUGAGAAACUGCUCACUCAUUCAGCAGCAAGAGAAGAAAUGAGCUUUGCUUCAUUCUGUUCCUGUUUUAUGGCUUGGUUUCAUUUCUCUUCCUGCAAUGGGAGAAUCACUCGCUCUCUGAAACUCUUGACUUUGGGUGGGUAGGGCUGGCAGAGAACUGCUCUGCUGCUGUUUGGUUUGUGGGGAGGGGAAGAAAAAGCUUCCAGGAUAGGCUGGCUGCACCUGUGUGUGCGUGUGUGUGUGUGUGUGUUUCUGUACGUUUUUGUGGGUGAGCCUGAGGAUGGCUCACAUGGGCUCCUGCUGACAGGCAGAGACUUCACCGUGUGGAGGGGCCAGGGCAAAGGUGGCAGAUUAGCCAAUCAGACGACGACGUGGUUGCAUCUUGAAUUGGCAGAGAAGUGGCGGCAUGGGCCUGUUUACUUCCUGGAGGCUGUUUGGGGGAGAUAGCAAAAGAGCUGCAAGAUUAAGGAAGUGUGUCUCUGGCGAGCCCUCAAUUCCUUCCUGUGGUCAUCAUCUCUUCUCUGUCUUCUUGUCUCCUUGCCUUUGGUUUUGUUCAGGGACACUGUCCCUCUUUUUUGGGGAGUAGGCAGGAAUUGGGGGCUGGGGGGAAUGGGCAGACAGGGCAAGUCCUGGCUCUGCCCUCAGAGAUACCCUGCUUGAAGGACCAUCUCCUUCCAGUCUUCGGUUACACAAUGAGUCAGAACGCCUUACAGAAUGCUGAAUUUUAGGGAGAGCAGGUAGCCCCUUGGAGGAUAGCUUUAGAUCGGCGGGGGGAGAAAAGCUGCUAGUUCUUGGUUCUUACAGAACCAAGGGAUGUAUCCUGUGAACGCCACCAGCGCCUCUGGCCUUCACGGUCCCUUCUCUCUCCAGUGUUUUGUUAUCUGGUGCUGCUGCUUGGAUACACUCAGGCCGCCUUACAGCGGUAUCUCUUUUUUCCCCGUAAGGUUUCCUGGCUUCUGUUUUCUUUCUUUUGGCACUGAUGCUUCUGCACCUCUGUCCCAAGAGGGUGCGAUGUAAUCAUAGCAGUUUGGCUGUGCACCUGGCGCUCUUCUGGGUUUUGCUCCAGCACUUGCCCUCCAUGGCUCGGAGAAAAGGCAGCUUCUGCAGCAGCUGGAGGAGGAGGAGGAGGAGGAGAGCUUCUGAAAGCUUCAUUGGCUGGGCCAUAGCGUUUGGCCACCUCUCUCCUCAGCCCCUUUGCCUCACUUCCUCAGUCCUCUCCCCUUCUGUCCAUCCAUCCGUCCGUGAUGCGUGUGCAUUCUUAAAAUUUCCAUGUGGGCUGAAUGCAUAUUUUGAUGGCCAGCAUUGACAUAUUGGUUACAAAAAUGGUUCAGUCGUGGAAGCAGCUGCCUGAGCAAGAACUGGGUAAUAUUUUUAGUCGAGCUGAAAGAUAAAUGCCCAAAUCAGCCAAAACGUAGUUGGCUCUUUGAAGGGUUGUGGCAUUAAAUUAAGCUCCUCUUCUUGAUCCAUCAGUCCAGCCAGGAGGGAAGCCCCAGCGAGGGGUCUGAGCCAGACAGAGCCGCCCUCCGUGGCCAGAGCGAAGGCUCACCGAUUGCACUGCCUCGCUAACCAGGAACCCUCGUGCUUGCAAAGGGUUCCCACCUCAGAAGCAAACGCUCAGGCCGGGGGCAUGUGGGGUGACCUCCCCCAGCCUCGUUGGCCACCCUCCUAAAAUGGCAGCCCAGCUCCCAGCACAGAGGCACCUGGGUGAGUCUUCCAAGCUCUCUGGAGCAAGGAACGCAAAAAAUAAGGUUCAGGUGUCUAGCAAACCGUGCCCCGUUGGAUGCCUUCGGAACAGCCAUACUGCUAUCUAGGUUUCCAGUGUGGCUUCCCCAGACUCCCACACCCUCUCCUCCCCCUCCCACCCAAGUCUUGCAGAAGACCUUCCCAGAAUGUUAAAGCUGUUUUUCAAGGCUAGUGGCAAAGUGGAAGCUUUCUCUUAAGUGGGGUUUUAAUAGUAGUCCCCAGAAUAUUUCUUGUACCUGUAGAAGUGAGGCUGGAUCCCACAGCUGUAGUUGAAUUUGGGUGAAUUGCCUCGAGCAGAGGAUCCGCUUGCACUGCUCUUCCGUUCAAGAUUUUGAGGAAGCCGUUGCUCUUCUUUAAGUCCUGCUCUCAGGGCAUCCGAGGCAAGGAAGGAUUUAUUCUUUUGUCACUGAGGUUGCACCUCUCUAGGUUGGAGUCUGCAGCCGUCCUUUUGGGAGAGGGAGAGGGCUUCUCAGGGAUGGUCUUCUGUUUGAGAAGGUCUGGCGCUCGUGCUGGACCACUGCCUCUCCUCCUCUGAACUCCUCCUUUGUUCUGCGCCUCUGAACUUCCCUAUCCCAGAGAACCCAUCCGCUUUUAUUUUCCCUUUCAGCUGAUUUCAUUUGACUUCACAGGAAAGAAGGAAGGGGCAAGGAGCAGGAGGUGGCCUGACUAGCGAGUUUGGGGUUGCUUCAGGGGAAAAAGGGUGCAACGGUGGGCAGUUACUUGGAGAAGAGUGUCAGGAGGAACAAUUUGGGGCCCAGGAGAAAUUCAGGUUUCCCUUUGGUCCAUCCUGUGCUGCUGACUGAGUUUCAGAUAUACUGGGCGUUGCAAGUGAAACAUAAUGGAUUGUAUUUUUUUUAAUUGUCUAAGGGCCUCAGCCAUGGCUUUUUAAAUAAAUCAUUUAAAGGCCUUCAUUUUUAAGCUGGAGUUACUCUAUUUGAAUGCUCCAAAGACAUCCAGUCGCAUCGCUGCUGUCGUAGUCGAUGAAGCUAAGGCAGCACGGAGCAUGGAGCGCUGGGCUGCAUGUUUGUGGAGGGUGUUUUCCUCCCCCUUCCCCCACCCACUGGAGAGCUAUGAGAAAAAUUCAGAUUCUCCCCAGGAACAGCAGAAAAUGCAAAGAAAAGUAAAUCUUUAAGCAAUCGGGGGGGGGGGGAUGGGGGACCACAGGGUUUGGUCAGAAAAGUUGAGAUGGUGAUCACGACAUCCGGUCGAAGCUCUGUCCGUUUUUUAUGUGUGUCGAUGCAAAUAAAAAACAGGCAGAGCUUCAGUUGGACUGCUGCAAUGUCCAUCUUGACUUUUUCGACCCUACUUCCCUGGGUGGCCUGUAAGAAGUCACAGCAUUGUUGCAGGUGGAUCUGUUGCGCAUGGCUCUGUCUGGUUUUCCAGCUGCUACUGUAAUUCCCCUCGUCUCCCAGGUGCAACUGCACUUUGCUCAGAUGGGGUGACUCCUGCAGAUUGAAUGUAUCCUAUUCAGUGUUUGAGUUACGAAGUUGUCCUGGGACCGCUCGGUCCAACGUCACUGCUUUCUUUUUAUUUCAACAGAACCCAUAUCUGAACAGUGAAGCUUUAGCUUGGGGAGGGGGGGACGUGUGCCCAGGGAUGUGUUUUAUGUUUCUCUGCCUCUAUUUAAAUUUUUAAAAAUAAAAUUACUUAGUAAAAUGUUUGACAGUUCGGUAUGUUUUGCUCUAGUUUUGUUUAUUGUUUGUUUUGGGGUUUUUUUCUUUUUUUUCCCCUUUUUUUGGCUUUAGUUGUUUAGGGGUGUUUAAGGAGAAUGUGUUCAGCAUUAUGAUGGUGCAAUUUUUUUUAAGAAACAAUAUUUUCAUCAUGGGGAGAUAAAAUAAAUGGCACUUUACAU